AUGUUAUAUGAUAGUAAAAGUUCCAAGAUUUUCUCACCUCCAAAAAUAUUCUUUGAUUUAGAUAAGAAGUAUCAAUCUCUCUAUUUAUUCUUCUUUUAAGGAGGAAUGAUGCCAUGGAUAUUGUUUAACAUCAACAUGGCGAAGUGUAAGAUUAUAUUGAACAAGUUAAUGAUAAAACAUUGAUAGCAAUAUAAAUGGAAGUAUGUAAAUUAUCAAAUAAUUUAAGGAAUAAAGAUUAAAUUAAAGAUAUUUUCAUUUACUUAAUUAAUUAGAAAAAACUAAAUAAUAAAUCAUCAAAUUAGAAGAAAAAUUGAGAUAAUAAAAUGAGUACUAAUAAUUUAUUAUUUAGUCUUGACAAUCAUCCUUAAAUUAAAUAAAUAAUUAGUGAAUUAUCAAAAGUGGAUUAAUAUCGUUUAGCAUUGAUAAAAAAAGUAUUAUUAUUAUUAUUUAUUAGACUACAUAAUUAACACAAGAAUUGUAAUUAAAUUAAUUUACAAUCAAAGAACUUAAAGAAUAAGUUUAAAAUAAGCGAUUGUAAAUCAGAGAUUGUGUAAGAGAUUGUUGGUAAAUUUAAUAAUAAAUUAUUAAUUCUAAAUCAAAUUAUACAUAAUCUACAUCUAGAACAGUAAUUUAUUUAAAAUUAUUUAUUAGUAAAGAAUUCAUUUACAAAGUCUUGAUAUAAGUAGUAAUCGAAGCAAUAUUAAUCUAUUCAUAACUAAUUAAGAUACAAAUACUCAUUAGUUGAGUUUAUCAUAAUUACCUCCAAUUAAAUUGAAAAAACCAUCUAAAAUCAUAUUGUUAGAAGUUCUAUAGAAAGCAUCAUUUAGAGGAUAAUAAUAAGUAAGAUGAAAUUAAUAUUAUUUUAAUUUUAGCCUGUUAAUGAUAUUAUUGAAAUUUAUAAAUAAAUUAAUAUUUUGAGAAGAAAAAUUACUGAAUAGAAACAAGAAAUAAAGAAGAAGUAGAACUAAUAUAGUUCUAUUAGGAAUUUACUUAUUUAUUGUGCAAAUCUAUCUUUAAAAUAAUUCAAAAAUAAAUAGAAAAUUACAAAUCAUAAUGGAUAUGCAAAUUCAAUUUAUUUUGAUUUUAAUACAUCAAUUAAUUAAUCUAUUACUGAAAUUUCAAGUAAUCCUAAUAGAGAAAGAAAAAUUUAAAAUAUUUUAUAUGAUACUCUUUAAUAAAUAAUGAUCAAUAUGAUUGAUACUAAAUAAAAAGAUGAGUAAAAUUCAACUUAAGAAUCAAUGUAAUUAAAUUAUGUAAAUAAUAGUAUUAAAAAUGCAAUUUCUAUUGAAUAAUUUAUGUAAUUUUCUUCUGAAUAGAUAUUGGGUUUAUUGGCACUUCAACCAAGAUUGAUGCAUGAAUUAUUAGAGAAAUUUGAAAUAAAAUACAGAUAAUUAGGAAUGUUAUCCUAAAAGAUGAAAAUAUUAACAUAAAACUAUUGA